AGCGAUAGAUCUAGAUAUAUAUACUGGUACGUUACAGCGUCAGCCGCGCUUUAACAGCCUGAAGCAGAAUUAGCGGUAGCGGCGCGCCGACAGUUGCCACGGAGGGCGGGAGUGAUAAAUCAAUAGUGUUCCCAGGUAAAGAACGACACCUGUGACAGCCAAUAAGGAUUCAGGAGUGCAGCAGGCGAGCGAAUAGGAGCGACAGUAGCGCGGGCUACGUGAUUGUUGAUCCCGCCCAGAAGAUUUACUUGGCAAAGAUAUAUAAUACUGUUUGAAAACAAUGGAGACUGAACAGCAAGAGGAGACCUUUACUAACACAGAGACAAAUGGCAAACGACCAGCUGAGGAUAUAGAAGAGGAACAGGCCUUCAAAAGGUCAAGGAACACUGAUGAGAUGGUGGAACUGCGCAUUCUGCUUCAGAGUAAAAAUGCUGGAGCAGUAAUUGGCAAAGGUGGCAAAAAUAUUAAAGCACUUCGUACAGACUACAAUGCCAGUGUUUCAGUCCCAGACAGCAGUGGCCCCGAGCGUAUACUGAGUAUAAGUGCAGAUAUUGAAACAAUUGGAGAAAUUCUGAAGAAAAUUAUCCCAACAUUGGAGGAGUACCAGCAUUACAAAGGAAGUGACUUUGACUGUGAAUUGAGACUAUUGAUUCACCAGAGUUUGGCUGGAGGAAUUAUUGGUGUCAAGGGUGCUAAAAUCAAAGAACUUCGAGAGAACACUCAAACCACUAUUAAGCUUUUCCAAGAAUGUUGCCCUCAUUCUUCUGACAGAGUGGUACUAAUUGGUGGAAAACCUGAUAGAGUUGUGGAAUGCAUUAAAAUAAUAUUGGAUCUUAUAUCAGAGUCACCAAUAAAAGGACGUGCGCAGCCUUAUGACCCCAAUUUUUAUGAUGAAACUUAUGAUUAUGGUGGAUUUACAAUGAUGUUUGAUGACAGAAGAGGGCGUCCUGUGGGGUUUCCAAUGCGGGGCAGAGGGGGCUUUGAUCGAAUGCCUCCUGGCCGUGGUCGCCCCAUGCCUCCACGAAGAGAUUAUGAUGAUAUGAGCCCUCGCAGAGGACCGCCUCCACCUCCUCCAGGUCGUGGUGGUAGAGGUGGCAGCAGAGCUCGCAAUCUUCCUCUUCCUCCCCCUCCUCCUCCUAGAGGCGGGGACCUUAUGUCUUAUGAUCGAAGAGGCAGACCUGGGGAUCGUUAUGAUGGAAUGAUGAUGCAGUGUCAUGUCAGUGCUUGUGAUGACAUAGAAACACCAGAAAUGUUCGAGGGUGGAUCGGGUUAUGACUAUUCUUAUGCAGGGGGUCGUGGUUCUUACGGAGAUCUUGGUGGACCCAUCAUUACAACACAAGUAACAAUACCCAAAGACCUGGCUGGUUCUAUUAUUGGAAAAGGCGGUCAGAGGAUUAAACAGAUACGCCACGAGUCAGGAGCUUCAAUCAAAAUCGACGAACCCUUAGAGGGCUCAGAAGAUCGAAUAAUAACUAUUACGGGGACACAGGAUCAGAUUCAAAAUGCACAGUAUUUACUGCAAAACAGUGUGAAGCAGUAUGCAGAUGUUGAAGGAUUCUAAUGCAAGAUAUUUUUUCUUUUUUAUAGUGUGAAGCAGUAUUCUGGAAAGUUUUUCUAAGACUAGUGAAGAACUGAAGGAGUCCUGCAUCUUUUUUUUUUCUUAAAUCUGCUUCUGUUUAAAAAGCCAACAUUCCUCUGCUUCAUAGGUGUUCUGCAUUUGAGGUGUAGUGAAAUUUUUGCUGUCACCAGAUGUAAUGUUUUAGUUCUUUACAUAUAGGUGGGUGAGGCUGGGACGGCCUGCAAAACUAACCUUGGUAUUUUGAAACAGCAGCAGAGAUGGUAGAUUUUAUUUUUAUUUUUUCUAUGUUGGUUGUAAACUGUAAUGUUUUCUGUCCUUUGUGAACCCAUCUGCUUUAUACUUUUUUUUGUUUUUGAAAUGGGGUAGUAGCUGAUAGCUUACCCCAACAUCCAUUCAAUGCAGCGUGCGAAAUGUAAGCGCUCUUUUGUAAAAUGUUCUAUGAUUUUAAAAAUAAAUUUAGUGAAACAAUUCUUGCAGUUCUUUCUUUGAGUAUUUUCCAUACUUAAAAUACACACUCUACAGUCUACAUUUAUUGUGCUUGGCUUUUUUUCCCUUCUCUAUACCGGAGAAACAGAGUACCAAUUCAAAUAUGUUGGUAAAUGGGAAUAUUGAUUGCACUGAUUUAAACUUUGCUAUGUGUAAAGAAAUUAACAUACGUCAAAUUGUUUUCUUUCUGUUGCUCAAGUUGUAUUUCCCUAAUUGUUGUAUUGCGUUACAUUGGUUUGAAUAAAAUCUUAUAAAACCUGUUUUGUCAAUUAAUAGCAAGCAAUUAUAGAAAAUACUAAAAGCUUGAUAAUAGCCUUGGCAAGUUUGCCCAUUUUCAACUGUAAUUUGUUUAAUAUGUUUCCAUUGUACAAAGAUUUUAAUGAAAUAAUUGUAUCUUUCAUAUUGACUGGCAUAGGAAAUGUGUGCUAAAUCAAUCUGAAUGUUUUCAUGUAAAAUCCUGGCCAUUUGUACUGAUAGUUUCCAAGGUUAUUUCUUUUAUUGAAUAAAAUAAAAAUUGUAAUAAUACUGAGGUG